CUUUCACAAUAAUAUCAUUUUUGAAUAGUGCGGUCGUAGUGACAGUUGAGUUGACACGCAGCCUAACCUCAUUUUUAGCUGUCAAAUCUUUCAAUAAAAUGUGAAUUUACAAUCAUAAAAAUCGUAGAGAUGAUUUUAAUACGUGCAAUAUUAUUUAUUUUUUAUUUAAAAUUAGUGGCCGCCUGGGAUUCUGAGCAGUUGGAAGUGUUUGAUGUUGUUGAUGAGGUUAAGGAAAAUUUCUAUUCUCUUCUAAAUGUGUCUCAGAGUGCCACAAACCAGGAAAUUAAGUCCGCUUUUAGGGCACUUUCCCUCAAGUUACAUCCCGACAAAAACCCCCACGUUGAUACUUCAGUCCAAUUCCGGAACUUGGUUGCAGUUUACGAAGUACUCAGAAGUAGUACUAAACGACAAUACUAUGACGAAGUCCUUAUUAAUGGACUUCCUAACUGGAGGUCUGCUGUCUACUACUACCGAUAUGUCCGCAAGAUGGGCAUGGUGGAAGUGUGCAUUAUUUUAUUUGUUAUUGUUACCAUUGGGCAGUAUUUAGUUAACUGGGCUUCUUACCUUGAGAGAAAGUACACAAUUGAGCAAAACAAAAAGGCUAAACGCGGGAAAAAAGCCGACAAAACUCAAGAACCAACUGUGAUUUUAGAAAAACCUUCAAUAACUGACACAUUGCCGGUACAAAUACCUCGUCUACUUUGGCACAUUAUUGUUUCCUUACCUAAAACCUUGGGUUUUAUUAAAACUGUAGUAGUUCAACAAAUUGAAGAAGUUAGAAAACCGCCUCCUCCGGAAGAACCCGAGGAGGUUCCAGUCAGGAUUAAAACAGUGCGUAAGCGCAAUAAGGGUUUCAAAUUGCCCGACAAGCCUAACUUUGAAACAACAUUCCACAAUUCUGCCAAUGAAUCAAACGUUUCCUCUCCGCCUCCUGUUAGUUCUGGUGGAUUAUGGACUGAUGAUGAUUUGACAGAAUUAGUUAAACUAGUGAAAAAAUAUCCAGGUGGUACUUCUGGAAGAUGGGAGACUAUAGCGGAAGUAAUGGGAAGAUCAGUUCCUGAAGUUACCUACAUGGCAAAUAAGAUGAAAGAAAAUUGUUAUAAACUACCGAAUGAGCAGGAGGAGGAACCAAUUCAAGUGAAAGUGAAGCAAAAGACGAAGAAAGAAGUCGAUGGUGGUGAUGAUGUCAAGAAAUGGAGUCAAAGUCAGCAAAAGGCGCUGGAAGAAGCCUUGGCUAAGUUCCCAAAGGGGUGUGCAGAAAGGUGGGAUAAAAUUGCCGACUGUGUCCCUAAUAAGACUAAGGAAGAGUGUAUGAUGAGGUUCAGGUAUCUCGCAGAAACGGUACGAAAACAAAAAGAAUCGCCAGAGCAGCAACCUCCUGACUAAAAAAUGUGUAUAAAAAUGAAGGAAAUGAUAAUAAAAACAUUAUUGCAUUUAUACAACAGAUAAUCUAAUCUAUCAUUUACAAUCAAACACUGAUGUCCUAAAGACGGAUGUUCUAAAACUUGUUGCACAUUCCAAAUGAGAUAAAAUGAGAGAACAUCCAUCUGAACUAACAAGUUGGAAUGAGCUGCGUUAAAAUCACAGUCGCACGGCGUUUUUCAUUUAUAUCAAUUUCUUAUGUUCACACAUCACAGUUCAACAAUCAACGUGAGAUCCUUUCAACAUUCCCAACAAGAUUUGAUUUGACAUGGAACUAUUCUCAACAAUCACUUUACCAAAUAAAAUGACUGCUAGAAACCUACACAUUAAUAUUAACAACUUUCCGUCAAAUAACACAAAUUCUCGCUUUGGUAUUUAUGCAAAAUGCUGAUAUGAUGGUUUUGCACACCAUUUCCCCUAAGUUUAAAUGUGGGCGGCAAUUUAACGCUUUUAAUGAUGUGUAAAACCUGAAUACGUUGUAUCAUAUAAAAGUGGUUUGGCCACAAAAAAAUCUUGCUGUG